CGUAUCUACAGUGUAUACCACGUCUAUAACACCCAUCUCACCUUCGUUCCCUAUCAUAUACAACAUCAGUAUAUCAAAGACUCUCGUUUGCUCGUUUGCUCGUUUUGAAUUUUCACCCAACCCUUGCUAAAACCGUAUACCACUGCAAUGCGUUUGUUCAAGACUUCUCUCGUUUUCCUUUCUGUUCUCGCUGCCACAGCCAAGGCUGUACCAUCCAUCGUAGCCGACGGUAACGCUUUCUUUGUCGACGGAACCUCCAACCGUUUCUACAUCAGAGGUGUCGACUACCAACCCGGUGGUUCUUCAAACUUAUUUGAUCCGUUGGCCGAUGCUGAAACCUGUAAAAGAGACAUCAAGUACUUCACUGACCUUGGUAUUAACACCGUCAGAGUGUACUCGGUCGACAACACUGCUGACCACGACGAAUGUAUGAGUGCCUUGGAGGAUGCUGGUAUCUACGUCAUUGUAGAUGUCAACAACCCCCAUGCAUCCAUUUUGAGAUCUCCUCAGAAUAUGGCCGCUUGUUCAUACAACUCGUUGUACAUCAACGAAGUUUUGGCCACCGUCCAGGAAUUCGCCCAGUACAACAAUACCUUGGGUUUCUUCGCCGGUAACGAAGUCAUCAACGACGGGCCAUCUCUUGUGUCUGCCCCAUAUGUCAAGGCUACUGUCAGAGACAUCAAGACCUUCUUGAAGAACCGUAAUUUCAGACAAGUCCUUGUGGGAUACUCUGCUGCUGCUGUCGAUGAGUACAACUUGCCUUCAGCUGAAUACUUCAAUUGUGGUGACGACGAGUUGGCCAGAGUCGACAUGUUUGGUUUCAACGACUAUACAUGGUGUGGCGAUGCCACCAUGCAAACAUCUAGUUACAGUCUCAAGGUACAAGAGUUCUCCAACUACUCGAUACCUCUCUUUUUUUCCGAGUUUGGCUGUAACAAACCAUCCCCUAGAGUUUUCUCCGAAAUUGAAGCUCUCUACUCUACUGAUAUGUCGGCUGUCUUCUCUGGAGGAUUGGUUUACGAAUACUCGCAAGAAGCAUCCAACUACGGCUUGGUAGAAAUCGACGGCAACUCCAUUACAACUGAUACUGACUUCGACAACUUGAAGAAACAAUACGCUGACACCAAGAACCCAUCCGGUGAUGGUGGUUACUCUAAGAACUUGAAAUAUUCUGACUGUCCAAAGAAGGAUGCUACCUGGAAUGCUACCACUGACAUCCCAGACACGCCAGCUGGUGCUCUCAAGUAUGUCAACGCCAACGAAAAGCCUGUUGGUGGUGGCUUCAACGCUUCAACUCAGUUCUGUAUUGGCGAAGUCGAUGACUCUGGAAACAGCACCAUCUCUGAAACCACAACAUCUGGUGGUUCUUCCACUUCUGCUACUACUUCUGAAGCCACCAGUAGCAGCUCCAAGAAGUCAGGGGCAGGUUUCACUGUUCCAAAGGUCAGUGGCCUCAGCUUCCUCGGUGUGGCCGGAGCUGUUGCCGGCAUGGUUCUUUUGUGAUCUCUUUAAGUUUCUUCUAUUUCUGCUACUCUCUGUACUUUAUUAAUACUAACAAUCACUUGUCAAUAAAAUUUACAUUCUAU